UGUGAAUUGCACUUCCGGUUUGAUUUUAUACAUGGAAAAGAUGCUGCAGUUUUAAACCAAUAGAAGUCAUGUCUGCGAUGAAAAGAUGUUUUCUCCUUGUAUAAAAUACACCGUUGUAGGCCAGUUAGCAUCUUUUAAUACUAAGCUGAUUCAGAGGUGCAAUGUUUACACUUCAUCUCAGACAUAUUAUGAUGUGUUAGAAAUAGGUAGACAAGCAGACAAAAAAGAAAUAAAAAAGGCUUAUAUAAAAUUGUGCAGAAAAUUGCAUCCUGAUGCCAAUCCAGGCGAUUCUAAAGCUCAGCAGAAGUUUGUUCGUCUUCAGGAGGCUUACAGCACACUGAGUGAUCCAAGAGAGAAAGCACGAUAUGAUGUCCAAAUGUACAGAGACAUUCAGGAAAGGGCCAAAACCAAGCAUAAGCAAAAUAAUUAUUCCACUACGACACACACCACAGAGCAUCUGUCUGAACAGGAGACAAUUCAGAGGUAUUACAGACAGCAUCAGGAGCAGUAUGAGGAGUGGCUCCGGAAAACCAGACAGCAAGCGGACAACAGACAUCAACAACAGCAUCAGCACAAUCCGAAUGACUGGUCCGGUUGGGAAAACCCCAAUCCAGAUGACCCAUUUUAUGAGGUCAAGAGCAAGAUUGGAAAAUUUCUGAACAGAGUGUCUUAUGCUGACUUGUUCCUUCUGACUGCUUUUGGGAAAAUGAUAGCUCUGUUCCUAAUGAUGAUCAUAUUGUACUCACAUUUCAAGGGUCAUUGACCCCUAUGUACAUUUUGGCCAGUGGGCUUUCAUUUGAGUAAUGAGUGUUUUAUGAAUUUUCAACUAAAUUAUUAUAUUAUCUGGAAAUAUAAAUUGUUUUAAACUAUAAUGUUGUUGAUAUCUGAGUGACAAAUAUCAAUUUUGAUUAUUUAUUAUGUUGCUGAUGAUUGAUCAAAGGAGCUUUCAAUUGUUUAUAUAUGUAAACAAUAAUUUGUUAUUUAAUAAAAUCUUAUGAGAUGUU